AUGGAGUGGAAGAGCAACUUGAGGCGUACCCAGUCACUGAAGAGCGUGGCUUCGUCCUGUGACAAACCCACCUGGACUGAGGCAGGACUGAGGGAAAAGAAAGCAUCUGUGUCUCAGCUCGUCGCCAGAUAUCAAACUGUAGUCGAAGUAAAGCAACACAUUCAAGCAACAAGAGUGAACGGUGAAGUGAAGCUGAAAGAGGAGCUAAAACAGAUAACUCUUCCUCCUCCAAAUGUGAAUGACCUGCCGGAGAAUGAAAUGAGUCGUGAGGAGUUUUUGAUGAGGAGAAAUGAAAUGAGGGAACAUUCACAAGUUAAGACCAAUUUAAUCCGUAGUAAGUCAAUGGGAAACCUUCAAAACAGCUCUGGGUCCAUCUUAACCCUGAGGUCCAUGUUUGAGUCGAACGCCGUCACUCAAACCAAACCGAAGACGGGUUUUAAAGCUGCGAACUUCACCUCAUCCUCCAAGAGAGCAGACAUCACAGCUAUAAUGAAUGGAGAGACUGAGGAAAUAAACGCUGCAGGGGAACUGAAGACCCACAUUACUGUUGACGCUCCAGAAAAUGACACGAACAUUAAAGCAAAAGAUGACCGUCCUUUUCAGAAGGUGGUGAAUCAAACCAGGGCAGAGAGGAGAAAAACAAUAGCGGGUAUUGAUUUUGAAAAACUUGCAGCUGCUCAAGCUGAUGAAAAGAGGAGGUCGAUCGCAGAUUUCAGAGACAGCUACUUUGUCCAAACUACGGAGAAAGUGUCUGUAAAAGCGAUAUCUGCUCUUUAUUUGUCAAAGCUGACAUCUCAGGAGCCAAACAAGAGCCAGGCACUGGAGCGGUCAUCUGAAUUGGGAAAAAGGACAAAGCUAACAAAGAUGGCAGAAGACUCCCAACCAAGCACAGAUGACCUCCUACCACCUCCCUCAUCUAGACAUCAACCAGGAUUACAAGAUACUGGCAAAGUAUCGUCUCAACCAUUCAUGCAAUCCCAACCUUCCAUAGAAAAGUUACACCAACAACGGCAAAAAUCUGAGCUGAGACGGCUCCUAAAGCACACCCACCCAGAGCUGAAGAUGUUAGACGAAGUUGUGGAUGAAGAGCUAGCUGAGGUUUUGAGCUCAGAGACUGGGGUGACAGCUGCUGAAACUGGAUACGAAGGAGAAGUCCUCUCAAGAUGCUUGAUAUUUGAGCCCUGUGCCAUUUCUAAAAAAGUGUCUUCUUACGCCACCAACGUGCACAUGGCAGAGGGGAUGGAGCAAAGAGGAAAUGCCAGUAAAAUAUCAGCUGUGUUUGAGGGUGUUAAAGGGGUUAUGGAGGCUGAAAAAACACCAGAUCCUGACAAAGUGUGCAAGGAGGAGGAGAUAAGAAUAGAUGUUCGGUCUACUAGGAGGAUAUUUGAGGGUCAGUCCAUGAAGACGUCACGGCCAAAUCCAGACAACAAGCUCCAGGGUAAAAUUUCUAUUUAUGGGGAUGAGACAGGGACAGUGCAACAGAAAAAACAGGAGUCUAUGUGUGUCAGCGAUAAAGGACACAGCAAAAACAAAAGCACCCACACUGAUGCAACAGAUCCUGCACAUAAAAAAGAGCCAUGUGAUCACAUUGUUAGUAAAAGCACUGAUGAUGUGUUUUCUGGAUGGAGAGACAUUCCUACUGAGGAUGAGUUUGGAAGCAGUCCUGAUGCAGAAAUAUUUGGAGAAACAAUUAAAACGAGUGCGGCUCUUUUCCAGCAUAACCCUUUUAUCUCAACAAACGUAGAAAAAGAGCAUGCAUAUCUGCAAACAGAAAAAUCCAAUAUCCCAGCAGGAGAUGGCACAGUGGCUGAGGAUUAUCAGACAGCCAAUGUCAAGAACAGAGCCCAUCUGUUUGAAUCGAUGCCAUUCGACAAAAUUAGGCAGCAGAACAAGGACGAAAUAGAGACAAUGGUGGAGAAUAUUAAGGAAACACUGAAAUUCCUUUAUCAUGCUAAGGCUAUUCAUUCAAGUGGCUCAAUCAUUGAAGUGAAUGAGACAAUGAUCGCUAAAAAGGCUAAAUUCACACUAACAAAUGAGGGGCCUGAGAUUAUGUACAAUCAGCUGGCAGAAGGCGGCGCACAAAACUUAAUACUCCAGUUGCUACCGCGGGCGAACAUAAAGCCUCAGAUCAUUUACUUAAAGGAGGAUAGUAAAGGAGGGAUGGCAACAAUGGUAAUAAAUGCUCCCGUGCAUCAGGAUCAGUUCACCGCUAGCCAAGACACAGAGUUUAAAACUGCCAAUGUGGUUCAGCUCAUUGAGGAUAUUCUCAAUCAAGACAACUCUCUACGGAAAGGAGUGAUCAUUCAGGAGGAGGCGAACAGAUGUGCAGAAGUCAUGGUGUACUCUCUCUACAAUUACUUUGAUGAGGAAGAUAUAAAGAGUUAUUGUCCUCCACAACAGAUUGAUGCAGAUUAUGACAAGCCUGAGACGAAGAGAGCUGAUAUGACUGAAACAGAAAACCAAGGAGUAAGACAUGGCAUCGUUGAAUCAACCAUAAACUUAAGAGGUAAUGUAAAACUGUUCAAGAGUUGUAUUGAAAAGGGUGAUUUAGAGUAUUUGAAAAGUCUUCAAGCCGAGGCAACAGUAGGAGAUGAAGAAUUACCCUCAAGCCACACUUUGGCUGAAGGAAACACAACGAUUCAUCAUGAACAGAGCAGUGAUGGUGCAGAGGAAAGUACUACAGAGUAUGUGCCAGUGGAUGUUAAAAGACUGAAAAACAUAUUCUCUAUUGAUCAGAGUCAAACACCACCAAAGCAAAGUAUCUGUAAAAACCUUGUCCUGUCAAAGAGUGUUUCCAAAGUAUCUGCAGGUCAAUAUGUACAACACAGAAAGAGUGAGUCCUCAACAGAAUGUAAUAUUGAUGUAUUUGCUCAUGAACAGAUCAAGAACACCAGGCAGCAUGGCUCCCCAACGCAAGAUGAUGUGUGUAAUUUCAGUGUUUCACAUCAUUCGUAUCUGCCAUUUGAUGCACGGGAGAAUGAUAUCAUCCACCAAGCUGAAGUAGUGGAGGUGGUAGAUGACUGUGAGGAAAUCACCAGCCUUCAAACUGCAAUCCAUAACCUUCAACAAGCUACAGUUGAGGCCAAAACUAUUUAUCAUUCAUUACAAGAAAAACAAGAAAAACUUCAGUCAAGUCAAGUGUCUUCUGAGAAAACUAUCGUCUCAGUUACAUGUGAUGGAAAGUCCAGUACACCCGUAAAAACAGAUGCAGAUUUACCUCAAGGGAGCCACCACAAAGAGGACUUGUGUGUUAGAACAAGGUGGGAUGAAUCUCAUGAAGGUCCAUCAAGCGCCAGUGUAUCUGCAGAGCAUAAAUUAGACUGCAGACAGGCAUGCCACAAAGAAAUGCAAUUUGAAGCUAGACAAACUACUGAUUCCUGGAGCGAAAGCAGCACUGAGAUGGUCCAGGAGCCAGAGUUUGCAGCAGCUAUGGUGUCAACAAAUAAUCUAAAACCUAACCCUGCUGAAGAAGAAGCUGAGGAGGUCAGUCUGCAUGGGAAACUUCAAGCAGCCUUGGAUUCCCUGGAGAGAUCCAACAUCAAUGUGAGUAGAGGAGAUUUUAGAGCAGCUAUGAUAUACAGAAGCUCCAAACCUCACAUAGAAAAGUCACAGAAUGUGGAUGGAUCAUCUGUUAAAGCUAUAGACACUGCAUUAUAUACUGUGACUCAUGAGAUGGUCACAGAGGAAGUACAAGCAGCAAAAGCUGGGUCUCUCAAGGCCUUCCAAAGUGAAACCCAGAAUAGGUCCGAUAUGUGUGCUGCUACAGAGAAAAGCAAAAGACCUCUUGGUCCAAAACCUGCCAUACCUCCUAAACCUGAGCAUUUACAGCUGAAACAGAGAGAAAACCAACUAAACAACCCAGAAUAUCCCGGGGCAAUAAAAACAAACAGCACACAACCUGAAGUGAAAAAACAGCACACAGAAGAAACAGAUCCUCAACCAGUGAAAACAGCAGCAAAACCAUCUGAUAACAAACAUGAGGUGUCCAAGACGACCGGUGACGCAGACUCAGGAUCAGAUUCACUGACUCAUUCGAGUAGCUACUGUAUUGAAAUUUCACCAAAGACUGAAAUUAAAGCUUUACCUAUCAACCUCAACAGCAGCAAUGCAGAUACGCAUAAUCAACAAGAGGCUGUAAAUGCCAGAGCAGAAGACAAGAUAAAUCAGAUUAUCCCAGUCAAAGAGAGUAUGAAUGAAACAGAUGAGAGCCAUGUAGAUUUUCAUGAAGCACGCAAGAAAUUUGGAGGUAAAAAAGCCCCUGUAAAGCCAAAGAGAGUAAAAAUUGCCCUACCGGACAACAAAAGCUUGAAACAAACAUCAGGAGAAGAAAAUUCAUCUACUGUUCAAGCACAUGUAAAUGUAGAAUCACAACAAGCUCGAAUAGUUACAUCCUCUAAUAAACCAAAAACCUGUGGACAGAUAUCUGACAGCAAGGACAAGGAUAAAAAGGAAAAUAAACAAGACAGGAAAGUUGAAAUGAGGGAGAAGAAAGUCAGACAUGAGACAGAGGAUGAGCGCAGACAGCGGCUGUCAAUUCACAUGGAUGAGAUCAUGAGAGGAAACACAACAGCCGCGAUGGAAAUUUUUGACAACUUGCGAAAGCAGGAGGAACUGCAGAGCAUCCUCAAUCGGGUUGAGGAAAUUGAGCAGGACACAAGUGAGGUUGAUGUACAGUCUCUGAGGAAAGUCUUUGAGAAUGUCCGCGACUGGGUUGUCAACUCUGACAAAAAGAAACAAAAAAUGAUAAAAGCACAACUGCGAGAGGAAGGGAAGUCGGCACUACCCAAAGAAAACACUGAAGCAGUUUCAACCCGCUUGUCGAGAGACGUGUUCAGCCUGUUUGAAGCCAGUUUAUCCAAUGGAAAAAGUAACUGCAGAUAAAUACAUUUUGCACAAAACAUGCUUCUGCUGUAAACAGUGCAAGAAAACAUUAAGUAUGUACAAUUUCGCACCGUUGCAUGGGGAAUUCUACUGCAUAUUUCACUACCAACAACUGUUCAGAAGAAAAGGGAAUUACGAUGAGGGAUUUGGACACACUCAACACAAGAACCGCUGGAUUCUGAGGAGGUCGAACAACGUGGACGAGUCUGACGCAUAAAGAGUCCAGCAGAUUCUGAGUAUCAGCAGUUGACAACAGCGUAAGAGGCUGAUUUUGGUGCUCAUAAAUAAGACACACUCCUAGAUCCACACAGAGUACCAGCAGAUUAAUCACUGUAUAAAACUGAAUUAAAAAAUAAAUAAAAAUCUGUGCAUUGUAAGUAUAAUGGAUGGAUUCCACAUCAUGUUGUUGAGUCAGUGUCUGUACCUUUUUACUUUAAAAUAAUAAGAAUGGAAGCCUUCGUCAUAUGAUACUGAGAUGAUUUUGCUGCAGCUAUUUUUGACACAGUUUAGAGGCAGAUUAUAAAAUUGUGUUGUUUACCUUUAAGAAAAAAAGCAUGUAUAGUGUAAAUAUUCUUUACAUUUUUACAUCUAAGUGUCAAACUAAAUAGACUCCUCUCUCUUCGCUGAAUUAUGUUUCAAUGACAUGACUUAUUGGAUUAGCUGCCAAGGUUAAUUAAUUUCUAUAAUGAAAAGAAAGCGUACAGAUAUACAAUUAUUCAUUCAUGCUUUCCUAAUGAAACACACACAAAAAACUGUAUACUAAUCCAAAAUGACCAAACUAAUUACUUUUCAUGUUUGUUAAAGGAUCUGUUUUCUUUGACACAAUCUGUUUUUCAUAAAAUUGAAAAGAUAAUUGACUGUUUCAUGUAAUUAAUUCUGAAUUUGAGCAUAAUAAAAGCACAGUAUAAACAGUAAAUGAUGUCAUCCAUCCAUUGUGUGAUUGCUCCACCCAUUUGUUACA